AUGGCGUCUUCUCGCGAUCCGUCCCUCGGGCUCUCCGCCAGGGGCUUGCCGGGCGGGCAGCCUGCCUCGUCGGGGGCAUUCUCUUCUUCACUCGCUCCCGGGUCGCAGUCGGUGCUUCAGACUGUCGCGGACUUUGAGCGCGUCGCCACUGCGGCGCUGAGCACUAGCGCUAGCGAACGCACUCAGGCCGAGGCGCUUCUGCUGGUCUUCCAGCAGCAAAGCAUCGCCUCGAUCGACCUCUGCAUGGCGGUUCUCGAACAGAGCCAAGAUCCGGCCUCGCUCUCCGUCGCCGUCGUCAUGCUCAGAAAUGGAGCGUUGAGCCAGUGGUGUAGGCGGCAGCUGGCGUACGAGGGCAGCGCGAAGGCGUCCGCGGGGGACCUGAAUGCGAAGGAGAUGCUAGGCCCGCUGGCAGAGUUCGAGGCGAAGAUCGUGCUUCUGAUUCAAGCGAUGCUGCGGCUCCUCCAGGCACACGCAGUGCUCCAGCAGACCGACCCGGUGAAGGCGGCGCAGUACCGCGUCUCCGACAGACAGAUGACCUACGCGCUCGCAGUGCUGCUCAAAAAGGGUCUCGCAAGCGGCACGCGGGAGACGCGCGACGUUCUGCGUCAGCUCCUGGUCGGUGUCCUCGCGGAGAUGCGCACGCUGCUCCUUCCUGCAACGGUUGUCGCGCCUCAGGGCCGAGCUGGCGUGGCGGAGGGCACGUCGGUGCUGGAGGCGCUGGCGGCCAGCCAAGAGUCGCCGCACGCGUCGAGUCUGGUGCUGCGUCUGUCGGUGCUGAUGGAAGUCUCGCGCGAAGUCGGCUCUUCGCAGCUGUCGCUGCUCCAGCUGAGCACGCAGCAGCACGUCGAGUGCAAGAAGCAGUACGAGCGGGAAAUUCUGCUGCCCCUUGUCGAUCUCGACCUCUCUCUGCUCAACUUGCUGCUGAAGGAUCAACAGGGUCCGGCGGCGCAGCGACGGGGGCCCCCGGAUGCUGCCAAGCAACGCGACAGUCUAUUAGCGACCGUGGUAGGGAUCUUGGAGUUGUUGAUGGAUUGGAACUUUGGUCAAGUUUUCCUGCGAUUCGUGACGACGAGCGACGUUUCGUUCGCGCCGACGGCGGACUGGCUUCCUGUCUUUUUCCCUUCUUCUUCUGCCUCCGCGGAGCUGCAAAAGUCGCGGCUGGAAACCUGUGUGCUGCCGCCGGGGCCUGCGCAGGAGCGGCCGAAUCUGUUUGCGCUCAUUCUCGGCCUAUAUCGCUACCUGAGUGCGCGCCGGAACGAAGACCCCUCGCUGUUCAAGGUGGGUCGCCUGAUUCUCAUGCGCCUCACGCGCUUCCGCGCCCACCGCAUGGUCGAGGCGCUUUUUGGCGCCGGCGGCGCGAAGCCCGCCUUCUCGGCGGCUGCCUCUGGAGAUCCGCGCGCGAUCCCUUCGCUGGCGGCGGCGCUCGGCGCCACGCGCAAGGACGCCUCCGCCACCUCCCCGGGUAUCAGCCGCAGCUGUUCAGGGCCGAUCGGCCGCAGCAAGAAGCAGCAGGUGACCGCGCUCGUCUACGUGCCCCUGCUGAACGUCCUUCUUGACCUCCUCGAGAAGAGUCCCUUCCUCAACUCGCCUCUCGCGGGCGGCGCCGUCAACGCGGCGAUCGCCGCGGCCUUGCCCACGGUCUCUAUCGCAGAAAGUCCUCUCGAGUUGACUGAAGACGACACAGAAAACCUCGAGGAGGUUCAGGAUCUCUGCCUUGCUUUGUACAACCUUGCAGAGUGCAACGAAGCAAUUCCGGAGUACCUCAUGGACGGCGUGGCGAACAAGGCGCUGCCUCUGUUUGUCAGAGUUUCGACGUCACUUGUGAGCGUGAUUCUCCGGUCGGGCCUGAACGCGGCGAGUCAGCAUUCGCGCGGCGAGUGGGAGGAGGGCAUUGAGGCCGCCGUGGGCUCUCUUGAGGUGUUUCUUCGGUCGUGGAGCGUGUGGGCUGACAAGCUGCACCAGCAGGUCCUUCAGCCUCUAAAGCCUUCCGCGGCUUCGCCAGAAAACGGGGGCGCAGAGCCUGGAAUCAAAGAGAGACCUUGGUGGCCUGCGUUUGAAAACGCAGUCAAUUUUGUGAUUAGUGUCUUCAUUGGACAAGGUUUAUCCAUCUGCUGUCACAAGGAGACGGAUGUUGCGGCGACCCCCGAUGCGAACGACCCUCGCGGCGCUGCGUCGUCAUUCGCGCGGGCGCUCGUCGGCGGCGCAGGCGGGUCGCCAUUGGAUGAUUUUUUGCGUUGCUUUGCUGUCCUCGGCCGGACUUUCUUAGUGCACUCGCUGCAGCAGACAUUCCAGAAGUUCGUUGUUUUGAAGGAUCAGGUGACUGCAGUCCGGCGCCAGCAGGCCGCAGCCGGCACGACGGACGACGCCGUGCUCCUGGCGCAGCAGAAACGCGGAGAGAAUCUUCUGGACGAGCUGAAUUUCACGCUCCUGCUCACUCAGCAGCUUAUCACCAUCUCCGUGUCGGGCGAAGGAAAGGGCCAGAAGCUCGUGCCGCCGCCUCAGGUCCUCAAGGACGAAGAGACGCAGAGACAGGUGAUUCAAGUGUGUGGGCAGGUCUUUUCGCUGUUGCAAGGAGAGAUCACUCUGCUGAAGGAGCAUCAAGUCCGGUCCUUCCCGCUGCACUUCCUCGGAGUCUCUCCGACGAUUCUCGAGAGCGGUGUCAACAUUCUCUCGGCAAUCAGCGCCGCCUACCUCCUUCGCUCGCGGUUUAACCAGCCGAUGCUGGCGGACUUCAUUCUUCCAGAAAAGGGUCAAGAAGCGAUGAACGUGAUCGUUCAGAUCGUCGCUGAACUCCUCCAUCUUCUUCCACACGAGGAGUCGCUUACGCUCUGCUGCACGCGCACCCUCCAGAUCCUCUCGUCUGUCUCGAAUCCUACGGUGGCGUACUUGUGGGAGAGCCCCGCGUUCCAGGCGCUCCUGACGGCUUCUCUGGAGAGCUGCGCGACGCUGCUGCCUUCGACGCUGCCGUCGCGGUCGAAUUCGACGCUGGGAGGCGAGGCGAAGGCUGCGGACGGGCAACCACUGGCGUCAUACCCUUCGUUUUGUUCGACUCGGCAGCGCCUCGCGCCCCUCCAGCAGCUCACGCAGCGCACCAUGAUGCGGCUCUACAGCUCCUUUUCCUCGUCUACGGCGAUGAACGAACACCUCUGGGGUCUCGCGAAGAUGCACGUGGCGCAGCAAACACUCGAACGCUCCGGCACGCUGCUCGCCAACGAGGUCGUUGUCACGCGCCAGCAGCAGCUCCUCGCUAAGUGCGAACCCCUCAAAGAGAAUCUUCGCCGUCUCGCGGCAAACGCUGCAGACACCCACCCGCGCAUUUUCCACGCGCUCGGCAGCUCGCUUUCGAUGGCGAUCGGCCUCCUGGACGGGUGCACUCCGCAGAGUAUCAGCGCGUGGAUUGUUUGGCUGAGAGAUGCGCUCGACGCCGUCUUCGCGAUUGCUAGCAAAUACCUCCAGUAUCCUCACAUUCUACACAAUGCACUGAAGUUUUUCCUUCAGCUCAUCAAGCGGGGUUACAACUGCUUUGACCAGACGGCCGCUGUGUCUCUCUUCACGCAGUAUAAGGCGCUGAUUCAGCAAGUCGGCAAUCACUACGCGACUCUAGUGGUCGGCAGCCAGGAGGAGGACAGCAUCUUUGGCAAUCUCAAACAGAGCUACAAAGUUUUCCAGCUUCUCGCGGCGAACAGCAAGGACACUUCCUCCUUCAGCUGGAUCGUUGAGAUGCUCGUCGCCUGCAUGCAGACCUUGCAGCCUAUGACAGCGAAGCUCAGGCCGCGCGAACAGCCGAAGGUGGCGGUACCUCUCCUCAUGUGUCUGCAAGUUCUGGCGGAAGAAGAUUCGAAGAAAUUCCUCGCUCUCACUCGAGACACCGACGUUAAAGUCUUGAUGCACGUGCUGCGCGAGUCGGUGAUGACGGAGAGUGGGCGUAUUCGGCAGCCGGCGUACGAGAUUUUGCAUGCGUUUUGUCGGUAUUUGACGGCGCUCCAAGUUGGGCAGCAGGUAGUGGAUUUCUCGCUCGAGAGACCGGAGGGGCGCCCAGACCCCUUCGCGUCUCCGGCCCCCGGAGACACUGUGGGGACGCUAUUUACGCACCUGGCGCAGUUAUCUCUGGGGCUUCUCGCGCAUGCGCUCAGCAGCCCGCUGUCGAACGCAGAUCUCGACUUCUUCUCGGACUGCAUCUUCGACCUCUUCUUCAUGGUCGGUCUCCGCGCGUACGCGCUCCACGGGCUGCUCGCCAACUUCACGCAGCUGUAUGCAGCCAAUCUAGCGGCGGGGAGCGCAGGAGCGCUGAGCGCUGGAAGCCCUGCGGGCGCGAUGGCGAACUCGGUUGUCUUGCCAUCGGCUGUUCUGGAGACUCGGCUAGGCAGCCUCAUGCAGACGAUUAUCCAAGGUGAAAAGGAGCUUGUCGGCGUACAGUACAGCAACCAAAGCGGCGCCGCGGGCCAGCCGGCAGCAGACACACCCGCAGCGGUUUCGACGUUCCUCGAGGCUGGAUCGUCCAGCCUCAUCAAAUACCAGAGGCAGCAGCACGCGUUCCGUGACCUCUUCAAAUACUUCGUCGUCGAAUGCGCGUCGCCUGCCGCGGCCGGCAUUGGCGAUUCUUCAGCUCGGAAGUAA